GCGGUGGCUUUGCGAAUCGAGCUGCAAUCGGGCGCCUCUCGAAAGCCCGCGGGUGCAUUUUACAGACAGACCACAGUGCAAAAAAAACACUCUACAAAGCCAUUAAAAUGUAGAAGAAAGCUAGCGUACCUUAAUGCCAGGAGAAUCAAAAUAGCACACACGCACGCACCAGUGAUAGAGUUAUACGGCUAUUGUGGACCAAAAAUGUAUGCUACUCUAUAGGGCCUAAUUGUUUUUUUUUUUUCCCCCGCGUUAAUUGUAAAACAUAUGCGUGUGUUAAUACGCAGCUCGUCUUAAAUAUUUACAACAUUUUACGUAUGUACGUAAAGCGGUCUGUAUUUACAACAUCUCGAGGUGCAAUGUUGGUUGUGAUAUAUUCUCUUUAAUUAAAUGUAAGCGUUAUCUCGGGGGGUGGUGGGGGGGGGGACGACACGUCACACAAUCGCCUCAAUGCUAUUAGCGUUCUUGUUCUACUAAAAUUGCGGCUAUAACAAUGCUCGGUCUCUUGGCGCAUUUACAAAAAAACCACUAAGUCAGCAAUUCAAGUGCUCACCGUGAUAACAAUAAUAUUAACCCCUCUAUCCGGAUUAAUCGUUCGAAUCCGGUUAUAAAAUCAGUUGAGGAAAAGCAAAAUGAUACAAGUUGCAGUCGUCUAAACUGUCUAAUACAACAGAGAGACAAGCGCCAUCGGGAAUGUGCAGCGUGCAGGCUGUGUGUCUUUAAUUCGUUUCAUGUCUGGGAGAGGGUAGUGGUGUUUUGGGGAUGGGGGUGGGGGGCUGCAUUGUUUCGCUCCCAACCCCGCGUCUCCCCCGACACCUCCUCCAGCACCCCCCUCUCUCGUCCGGCCACCGGGAUGUGGUGACGCGCGCCGCGAACCCGCGCACUCUUGCGCUCUGCCGAGCCGUGAGAGCGCGGUUCGCUACGGGACUGCGGCCACCCGAGCCCCCCCCCUCCACACCGCGUCGUGUCGGGGAUGUGGGGCACCCUCGCUCGCAGGCACAAGGAGAGGGGCGCAUGGUCGGCAUCGACGCGCCUCCUGGGACCAUGAGUGAGCCCCCACCGCUGGGCGCCGUGACACUGGGGCGCCUCGAUCGCCGCUCGUGGAGGUGGUGCUGCUGAUGUUGAUGGUGGUGGUGGCGAUGAUGGAGGAGAAGGGUUUCAAGGCAGAGCCGGCGUGCGCGGCAGGUAACGAGGAUGAAGAUGACACUCGGAGGGUUAUGCUGAACCUCACGGCGGAUGAAGCCCUAGGAUGCGAACCCGGGAAAGGCUUAAGUUUUAGAAUCCUAGCCGGGUGCCUGCUCUCCCUCCUCAUCCUCUCCACGCUCUUCGGGAACACACUCGUGUGUGCCGCCGUCAUCAAAUUCCGGCACCUGCGCUCCAAAGUCACCAACUACUUUGUGAUCUCUCUGGCAGUCUCGGACCUCUUCGUGGCCCUGCUGGUGAUGCCGUGGAAGGCGAUCACCGAGGUGGCGGGAUUCUGGCCCUUCGGAGCCUUCUGCAACGUGUGGGUGGCAUUCGACAUCAUGUGCUCCACGGCCUCCAUCCUCAACCUGUGCGUGAUCAGCGUGGACCGCUACUGGGCGAUCUCCAGCCCGUUCCGCUACGAGCGCAAGAUGACCCAGCGGGUGGCCUUCGUGAUGAUCAGCGUGGCGUGGACACUGUCCGUGCUCAUCUCCUUUAUCCCGGUGCAGCUUAACUGGCACAAAGCUCAGCACGUGCAGCAGACGUGGGAGUUCCACAACGCCAGUGGCGGCGCCGACGCGGACGCGAGCGUGCCCGAGAACUGCGACUCGAGCCUCAACCGCACCUACGCCAUCUCGUCGUCCCUCAUCAGCUUCUACAUCCCAGUGGCGAUCAUGAUUGUCACCUACACCAAGAUAUACCGCAUCGCGCAGAGGCAAAUCCGCCGCAUUGCCUCACUGGAGAGGGCCGCCGAGCACGCUCACAAUUGCCAACUCAAUCCGAACGACUGUCCCAACGAGAUGUCGUUCAAGACGUCCUUCAAGAAGGAGACCAAGGUGCUGAAGACGCUCUCGGUCAUCAUGGGAGUGUUCGUGUUCUGCUGGCUUCCGUUUUUCAUCCUGAACUGCGUGGUGCCCUUCUGCGACAGCGCCGGAGUCGAGGGGGAUGACGAGCAGCAGCAGCAGCAGCAUCACCCGUUGUGCGUGAGCGAGACCACGUUCAGCAUCUUCGUAUGGUUCGGCUGGGCCAACUCGUCGCUGAACCCCAUCAUAUACGCCUUCAACGCCGACUUUCGCAAAGCUUUCUCUACCCUCCUUGGGUGCAACACGCUGUGCGCCAGCACGCCGGUCGAGACGGUGAACCUGAGCAACGAGGUCGCCUCCUACCCGCACGACGUGACGAGCAACCACAAGGACGGCGGCGCCAACUACGUGCAGUUCAUCCCGCACGUGGUCAUCGUCAACGACGAGAGCGACGGCGACUUCGACAAAGUUCCCGAGGAGUCGCGGAGCAUGCGGGAGGACAGGUCCGGCAUCGACCACAGGCUGGACUGCGAUGAAGACGUGAGUCUCGAGACCAUCACACCCUUCACUCCCAAUGGGGUGCACGAAACGUAGCUCGGACGCAAGCUUGAGCAGAGAGAACAAAACAAGAACUCCCGUGGAACAUUUUGCACGAAGGAUAAGACUGCCUUAGGAUCGCUUGACUGAACAAAGAGUCCCUUCAGAAUGAUUACGUUCUGCUUUUAAGACUUGCAUUGAGGAGCUCAAACUUUCAGUGGGGGUGAUAUGCUGCUGGACUAGUAACGUGUCUUUAACAAGAGCCAGUUAAGUGGGACCACUGUAGCCAGAACUUAUAUUUAAACAGUAUUGGUUCAGUCACCGAUAUUCCAGAACUGCUGCUUUGAAAGACGACUUUUAUUCAGAUAUUGUGAACAGUAUUGAUUCAUAACGUCAUUAUGAAAGUAUUAACGCGUUAUGAGAAGUUAAAAACAAACUUUUUUGAAACAGACAUUAACUUCUGUUGUUUUGCUUAAGGUAACAAGACAAGUUUAGCACUGCAACGCUAAAAGAAUAUAGCUGCAUUCAUUAACAUAUUGGGACAGUGCUUGGAUAUUUAGAAUGUCUUUAGUGAAACUAGAAAUAAAUAAAUACAGUAAUGCACUUUCAUGAUGUCCUGUUUCAGUACCCUGGACAGCUCCAUUUGAGUGUUUCACCCCGUUGAGUAACAUUUGAUUAAUGUGCCUGAUCAUGCUACAAGUGCAGUGGUUCACUUUAUUAACCCAACAGCAGAAACCAUUUGCUGUUAAAUAUUGCUGUCAACCAUUGUAAUUUUAGAAUUGGCAAUAAAUUUAAAUUUAUUUUGGAAUAA